AUGGAAAUAAAAAGUUUUAAGUUUAUUCUUUCAAUAUGGGCAUUUAUAAUCUUUGCUACAGUGUCUGCUCUAUUAGUAAGACCUAUUAAUCAAGCAAUUUCACGUUUUGACCGCAAAGAUCAAUAUAUUGAAUCAAUUUUAGAUGAGAUGUCAGAAGUUAGUCCAGAAAUAAGAAUGAAUGGAUUUUAUGGCGAUAUUGAUUAUAAAAAACUACGAAAGAUACGAAAAGGAUUCCUUUAUCUAUGGAAUAAUUACAGAUUUAAGGCCUGGUCCCAUGAUGUGAUUAAUGACGAAUACGAAUGGGAAGAUUACAUUCAUCUAGCCCUUUCAAUGCUUGCUUCUCAUGGAACACUAAGUUUAAUGGGCUUAAAAAUGGAUGUUUACGAAAUAGACAAGUUUUUUAACAAAACUAAAUUACAGCCAAAAGGGUCGAUUAAACUCUCGGUCUUUUUUGGCCAAGUAAUUGAAGGAUUAAUUUCAGCCUACGAAAACUAUCAUUCAGGAAAAUAUUUUAACAAAAUUCAAGAGCUCUUACAACUAGUUAACAUGUCAGUAUACGAAGGAUCCGAUAUGAUCACGAUUUCAAAAGAUAAAAUUAUUAAUUCUGGAAAUUCCCUUUUUAAUUUACAUGAAUUCUCAACAGUUAUAUUGGCAUUACUACAGUCAUAUCAUCACAUGCAAUCAAAGACGUAUUAUUCCUAUUCUUUAAAAGCAUUUGAAAAAAUUCUUUCAAAUAAGGCUGAAUCAUUGCCGAAAAACAUUUUCAACAAUAAAAACUUACAUGAAGCUUCCAGAUCAAGUAGUUUUGAUUCAAAUGGAUACAGUUUUUAUGAUAAUUUAGUGAAAAUAAAUAUUCUCACGAAUAAUUCAAUCAAAUCACCUGAAAACGAUGUCAAUGAAAUAUUUGAUGCGAUAUAUAACGAAUACAUCGAAAUUCGAGGUGAUUCUGCUUAUAUUGUCCAGAAAAAUGGAAAAUCUGAUGAAAAAAUAGUUACCCUUGACAGUUUCUUAUUCGGAGGCCUGAUACUACUUAGAAGAAACAUUCCUCCUGAUUCCAUCCAAAAAUUUGGCGAAAUUUCCAAAAAAUUAUCGAAUGGAUUAUUUAAUUUCUUAAAUUUAAGCGUAAAUGGCUUCCCACCUAAAUCAGCAGUACUUAAAGGUAAACUAGAAGUCAUCGAUAGCAGUUAUGACCUAAGCCAUCGCGUUUUAGAAACAUUAUUAAUUUAUUAUCGUUCCACUCAUAGAAAAGAGUACAGGGAUGCAGCAUGGAAGAUAUUUAAGGCUGUUAAUGAGAGCUGUAAGACUAUUUAUGGAUAUUCUCCUGUUAUAAUCAACGGAACAAACGUAACUCAAGUUCAUAAGGAAGUUGAUCCAAAAAUAUACUCAGGAUUCUUUAAACUGAUGUAUCUGAUCUUUUUGGACUCUUCUGUUGUAGAUUUAGAUCAUUUUGUUAUAACUUCUGAUGGAAACAUCCUAAAGAUAUGGAGUGAAUCCGAACCAUCAAUAGAUUCGGAAGUGUUCGAAUCUGCAUCUCGAAUUAACGUUUUAUAG